AUGGCGCCCCUCACGCCGGCGAUGCGCCAUCUCCCCGCCUGUCUGCGCUGCGUGCGCCAGCUCCCCGCCGCCCAUGGCACUGGCGCGCCGCACCGCCUGCUCUCCUCCUCGGCCGCCGCCCGCGAAGACGCGCAGACGCAGCCAGCAGCCGCCGCCGCGGUGCCCGAGUACAUGCAGAAGUGGGGCACCCUCGACCCCGAGACGGUCGAGAACAAGAAGCAGGAGCGCCGUCUGCUGCGCAGAGAAGGCGUCCAGCCGGUCGGCUCGCGCCGUCGCCGGGCGGCCCUGCGCCUGUCCGCCGCCCGCCAGACCGCGGAGAUACCCUUCGAGCAGCUGCCGUACCAGUGCUUCCAGGAGGCCCGCAAGGUCCUGCACGAGGACAGGCAGGAGAAGCUCAGGGCCAUCCAGACGCAGCAGCAGCGCAUCCAGGCCGUCGCCGCCUCCAGCGCAAGCGAGCAGGCCAAGCGCGACAGCAUGGCCCGCAUGCGCCUGCACCUGCACGACCUGAUCAUUGCCGCCGACAUCAACGACCCCGUCGUCAAGAGGAAGUUCGAGGACGGACAAGGCGACAUGAACAAGCCCAUCUACCGCCAUCUUGCCGAGAAGAAGUGGCGCGAGUUCAAGCGCAAGGUGCUCCAACAGCGCGUCACCCAGCUCUCGCUCGUCCCCGAUCUGCUGGGUUCGCUGGACCUGGUCGCCGACGUGGACCUUUCCUUUGGCCGCAAGACAAUCACGCCCGGAGACUUUGUCGACUCGGCCGUCAGCGAGAAGAUGCCCACGCUGCACGUCCAGACAUUCACCCCAGCCGAGAAGCUGGUCACCGUUGCUGUCGUCGACGCCGACGUGCCUGUGCCCGACGAGGAUGGCUUCACCACCCGCUGCCACUUCAUCGCCUCCAACAUCCGCAUCUCGCCCAGCGAGACCUCGAUCCCCCUGCAGCGCAUCGCCGAGGACGACAAGAAGAACGCCCCCGAGUCGAGCAAGGUCGCUCUCCCGUGGCUUGCACCGUGGGCGCACAAGGGCGCACCUUACCACCGCCUAGCUGUCAUCGUCCUUGAGCAGAAGGAGGCUCAGAAAUUCGACAUCUCCAAGCUCAGCACCAUCCCACGUGACGGCUUCAACCUCCGCAGCUUUGUCAUGUCGCAGAAACUGAAACCUCUCACGGCCACGUUGUUCAGGACAAAGUGGGACGAGAGCAUGGCUGCCGUCAUGGAGCGCGCUGGAUUGGCGGACCAGGUCAACAUCGAGUUCAAGAGAAAGAGGGUCGAGCCGCUGCCCUACAAGAGGCGGACAGAGCGCAUGCGCUAG